CGAGCGCAGCUGGACGAGCGGCGGCAGCUGGGCGAGUGACAGGCGCAGCUCGGCGCGCGCGGCCGCCUCCUCCCGCGCCUCCCGGCCGCAGCCCGCAGCCCGCGGCCCCGGGCCCCGGGCCGGCCCUUCGCGGGCUCCCGCUCCCCGCGCGCAAGAUGGCUGACCCGGCUGCGGGGCCGCCGCCGGGCGAGGGCGAGGAGAGCACCGUGCGCUUCGCCCGCAAAGGCGCCCUCCGGCAGAAGAACGUGCACGAGGUGAAGAACCACAAAUUCACCGCCCGCUUCUUCAAGCAGCCCACCUUCUGCAGCCACUGCACCGACUUCAUCUGGGGCUUCGGGAAGCAAGGAUUCCAGUGCCAAGUCUGCUGUUUUGUCGUGCACAAGCGAUGCCAUGAGUUUGUCACUUUCUCCUGCCCCGGCGCUGACAAGGGCCCAGCCUCCGAUGACCCCCGGAGCAAACACAAGUUUAAGAUCCACACCUACUCCAGCCCCACCUUUUGCGACCACUGUGGGUCCCUGCUGUACGGACUCAUCCACCAAGGGAUGAAAUGUGACACCUGCAUGAUGAACGUGCACAAGCGCUGCGUGAUGAACGUCCCCAGCCUCUGCGGCACGGACCACACGGAGCGCCGCGGCCGCAUCUACAUCCAGGCGCACAUCGAGAGGGAGGUGCUGAUCGUGGUCGUAAGAGAUGCUAAAAACCUUGUACCCAUGGACCCCAACGGCCUGUCCGAUCCCUAUGUGAAACUGAAACUCAUCCCUGACCCUAAAAGUGAGAGCAAGCAGAAGACCAAAACCAUCAAGUGCUCCCUCAACCCGGAGUGGAAUGAGACAUUCAAAUUCCAGCUGAAAGAGUCGGACAAAGACAGACGACUGUCCGUGGAGAUUUGGGACUGGGACCUGACCAGCCGCAACGACUUCAUGGGGUCCUUGUCGUUUGGGAUUUCCGAACUGCAGAAAGCCGGCGUCGAUGGCUGGUUUAAGCUGCUGAGCCAGGAGGAGGGCGAGUACUUUAACGUCCCGGUGCCACCGGAGGGCGGUGAGGGCAGCGAGGAGCUCCGGCAGAAGUUUGAGAGAGCCAAGAUCGGUCAGGGGACGAAGGCUCCGGAGGAAAAGACAACCAACACCAUAUCCAAAUCUGACAACAAUGGGAACAGAGACCGGAUGAAGCUGACCGAUUUUAACUUCCUCAUGGUGCUUGGGAAAGGCAGCUUUGGCAAGGUCAUGCUCUCAGAGCGGAAAGGCACAGACGAGCUGUACGCCGUGAAGAUCCUCAAGAAGGAUGUCGUGAUCCAAGAUGACGACGUGGAGUGCACGAUGGUGGAGAAGCGGGUGCUGGCCCUGCCCGGGAAGCCGCCCUUCCUGACCCAGCUGCACUCCUGCUUCCAGACCAUGGACCGCCUGUACUUCGUGAUGGAGUAUGUGAACGGCGGGGACCUCAUGUAUCACAUCCAGCAGGUCGGCCGCUUUAAGGAGCCUCACGCUGUGUUUUACGCGGCAGAAAUUGCCAUCGGUCUGUUCUUCCUGCAAAGCAAAGGCAUCAUUUACCGUGACCUAAAACUUGACAAUGUGAUGCUGGAUUCUGAGGGCCACAUCAAGAUCGCUGAUUUUGGCAUGUGUAAGGAGAACAUCUGGGAUGGCGUGACAACCAAGACCUUCUGCGGCACGCCAGACUACAUCGCCCCAGAGAUAAUUGCUUAUCAGCCCUAUGGGAAGUCAGUGGACUGGUGGGCGUUCGGGGUCCUGCUCUAUGAAAUGCUGGCCGGGCAGGCGCCCUUCGAAGGGGAGGACGAGGACGAACUCUUCCAGUCCAUCAUGGAACACAACGUGGCUUAUCCGAAGUCGAUGUCCAAAGAAGCCGUGGCCAUUUGCAAAGGGCUGAUGACCAAACACCCCGGCAAACGCCUGGGCUGUGGACCUGAAGGCGAACGAGACGUCAAAGAGCACGCUUUCUUCCGGUACAUCGAUUGGGAGAAACUCGAGCGCAAGGAGAUUCAGCCACCAUACAAGCCGAAAGCCUGUGGACGAAAUGCUGAAAACUUCGACCGGUUUUUCACCCGCCACCCGCCCGUCCUAACCCCUCCCGACCAGGAAGUCAUCAGGAACCUUGACCAAUCAGAAUUCGAAGGAUUUUCCUUUGUUAACUCUGAAUUCCUAAAACCUGAACUCAAGAGCUAAGUAGCUGUGUAGAUCUGCGUCCUUCAUUUCUGUCAUUCAAGCUCAACGGCUACGGCGGUGACAUCUUUUUUUUUUUUUCUUUCAUUCCAAAGUUGCAGCCAUGUUUUUUUUAUUUGCUGAUGACACUAGAGUGGCCAUGUUUCAGAAUCCAAAUGUGCUCAGGUAGUUUGCAGCAUCGCUCUGAGACGGGAUCAGGCAGAUGGCGUGUGGAAAACACACGUUGUCAAAGCCCUCUCACCAUUGAUUUUCCCCAGCACGUCAGCUAAGGAGGACCAGCGGGGACAUAGCAUGCCUGCUUCCUUUCCCUUUUUUCCUGCAUUGCCAUUUUCACGUCUUCCAGUGCCAGCCAUCCAGUCUAGAGGCUUCCCACCCCUGAGGGUGGGUCGUCGGAUGCGAGUGGUGUGCUGCUCCUUCCGGGCCUGGAGCUCGGCUGGUGCCCAGAUACACACAGUGGCUCUGCCUUAGCGGAAAUGCCUCCAUCCUGCCUGACUUGGAGGCGCCACGAGCUCUGAAAAGAACAGGCAAAACCAUAAAACUUUGUUUGUUGUUUUUCUUGGCUCGAAGUUAAGGAGAUUCUCUGUGCCCUUUUAAAAAUUCCGCUUCGAUCUGAAAGCACCGCCAGAGGCCAAAAGGCAACCAGCGUGGGUCCGCCCUCAGCGCCGUGGCUUCGGACCCUAUAGGUCCCCAGUCACCUCCAUCCCCAAACUACCUGGGAAGAGCAUUUGGCAUUCCUUCCUGAAGAUACAUGGUCACUCUAGCAAGGUCCCAAAGGACUGGGGUCUUACAUUACAUUUCAAAUUUUAUUUGCUUUGGGGUUUUAUUUCUGUUGUUCAAAUGAAAAAAAAAAAAAAAAAUUACUUUGUCACACAUGCUUUGAAAUAUGUGUCCAAUGUUACAAUAUUAACCGCAAUGACUCACCUUGACUUACAAAGAAGGUGGUUCUCAAGCCUGUAGCAGACUCACGUCUGAGGCAAUGGCCUAGGCCGGGUUGUUCCUGCCCUUGGAAGGUGGAUGCAGGGCUCUGGGUAUGACGCCAAUCCCGGAAACAUACAGACUUGUAUUCUUCGCUUUGAUGUUGUUUUACAAGAUGUUUGUGGAAAUGUUCAUUUGUAUCUGGAUAUCUGUUAUGUGCCAUUUUUCUUCUAGCAUCGAGAUGCAAUUAAAAAAAAAAAAAG